AUGACCGUGUUGAACAAUGGAACUGUUUAUAGAAAUUAUCAACGUAUCACUAUUCAAGAAAGCCCAGGCAAAGUUCCAGCAGGUCGUCUUCCUAGGUCUAAAGAUGCUAUUCUUCUAGAUGAUCUGGUUGACAGCUGCAAACCGGGGGAUGAAAUAGAGUUAACUGGAGUAUAUACACAUAGCUAUGAUGGAUCACUCAAUACUAAGCACGGUUUUCCAGUCUUUGCAACUGUCAUAUUAGCAAACAACGUUGUUCGAAAAGAUGAUAAGGUCGCUGUGGGGACAUUAACUGACGAGGACACAAGGGCGAUCUUGAAACUUUCACGUGAUGAAAGGAUUGGUGAUCGAAUUUUCGCUAGCAUAGCUCCAAGUGUGUAUGGUCAUGAAGAUAUUAAACGUGGCAUUGCACUGGCACUUUUUGGCGGUGAACCUAAAAAUCCUGGUACGUUAAAAGCUUAA